UGGAUAGUCCGAAUUGUUUGGAUUGUGGUGUUCUUAGCUUCGCAUGCACACAAAAUAUAACAGAAGGGAUUAAUAAGUCGGCUUCUUUUUUCCUCCACCAGAAAAAGCCAAAACACGUAUUUCCUUUCAACAAACCAUUCAUCAUUUAACACCCAACCACCGUGACGACGGAAUAUAAAAACCCACCACCACCACCACAACCAUCCGCAUCCCAAAAUCAUGGCGACUACGACCGAUCCAGAUCCGAUCCACACAAAUCCAACUCUCAAUCCACCGCCAAACAAGCAGAUCUUCAUCCUCUCCGGGCAGAGCAACAUGGCGGGACGCGGCGGGGUCUUAAAGAAGCUCCACCGGUGGGACGGCGUGGUUCCACCAGAAGCAAAGCCGCACCCGUCGAUAUUCCGGCUGAGCGCGAAGAAACAUUGGGAGGCGGCGCGUGAGCCACUCCACGCGGACAUCGACACAAAGAAGACGUGCGGGGUGGGGCCGGGGAUGGUGUUUGCGAACGGAGUGAGAGAGAGUGUGGGGGCGGUGGCGGUGGCGGUGGUACCGUGCGCCGUCGGAGGAACGGCGAUCAGAGAGUGGGCGCGUGGGGAGAAGCUGUAUGAGGAAAUGGUGAAGAGGGCGAGAUAUAGCGUGAAGGACGGCGGGGAAAUUAGGGCGAUUUUGUGGUUUCAAGGAGAAAGUGACACCUCUACUGAACAUGAUGCUGAUGCGUAUCAGUGGAAUAUGGAAAAGUUUGUUGCUAAUGUGCGCCGGGAUUUGGCUUUGCCUUCUCUCCCUAUCAUUCAGGUAGCACUUGCAUCAGGAUUCAAGUACAUUGAAAAAGUGAGGGAGGCUCAAUUGGGGAUGAAAGUGGAGAAUUUGGUGUGUGUUGAUGCAAAGGGAUUGGAACUCCAAGAAGACAACCUCCAUCUCACAACAAAUGCUCAGGUCAUUCUAGGUCAAAUGCUGGCUGAUGCCUAUCUCACCCACUUUGCUGCACCACUUUCGAAUGGAUGUCCUAGUUCCAUUUAAUAAUUAUUUGGUUUUUAUUUUUUUGUGUUUUCAAAAGUUAAGCUUAUAUUACUUUCACGUUGGAAUUGUUUUUCCUCUUCUUUCUGUUUUCUACUUUUUAUAGAUGCUUUCAAAAUUCAAGCCAAGUUUUGAAAACUAAAAAAUAAAACAAGAUUUGGUUAAGAAUUCAAAUAUUUUUUUUUAAAAAAUAGAAAGCAUCGCAAAUGGUAGUAAACAAAUGCAAAUUUCGAAAACUAAAAAACUAAAAAUAAAAAAUCAAAUGGUUAUUAACGGUAUUUUUAUGCAGCCACCUUUCUACUCCAAGAUUAUCCCUCAGUUUGUUUGUCUUGUUUUUGUGGAUGUGGUUUCUUUGUUGGAAUCAUAUUUGUGUUUUUGUAAUCAUAUAUGUAAUGUAUGUAUUACCCUCUUUGAUUAUUUUGUGUUUACAUUUAGAGGGGGUUCUCAUGGUUUGGUAUUUUGUUUGGCAGUUGUGUGGUAAUGAAGUGAUUAUAUUAAAGUGUGACCCUGAAAUUAGUGUAAACUAUAAAUUAUAGACAUGCUUCAUCAAAUAAUGUAGAAAGUAUUACAAAGUAUCAAAUUCACAAGACUCGUUUAUAUGCUCUUAA